AACGUCAGAUGAUGUUUUGAUGGCACGGGCGAAAAGGGGAAUGUUUUGUAAACAAAGCGUACGUCCUCUGUUGCGUUCGUGCGAAGAAAAGUUAAAACUGGGAAUUUUGCAAUUUUAGCAACGAUUAAAACACAAACAAAACGAUGCUAUCGGCAAUGAUAAAAGAUCAUCAAGCCAAGCAGGCGGCUAAAAAGGAAGAUCAAGAGCGUCGCCGAAAGGAAGCAAUCAUGUCUGCUAACGAGCUCACGCAAAACUUGGUUGACCAUCUUAAUGUCGGCGUGGCCCAAGCUUAUCUCAACCAGAAACGGCUGGAUGCGGAAGCCAAACAGCUGCAUGUUGGAGCUACGAACUUUGCCAAACAGACGUCCCAGUGGCUUGCGUUGAUUGAAAACUUCAAUGGAUCUUUGAAGGAAAUAGGAGACGUGGAAAACUGGGCCAAAACGAUUGAAAACGAUAUGAACGUUAUUACAACCGCACUGGAAAUCGCAUACAAAACAAGCAGAGAAAAAUGAAUGGCUGCAUUACCGGUUCCAAAGAAACCUUCAAUGAUUUCGGAAGCUUUUCUCGUGUGUACUAUGUUUCACACUUAUUAAUUAUGUUGUGCCGUUCUGUAAAAAUUGGUUUGUCAGGUGAAAUAUGAUUUUAAGUCACAUUCCGACCCUACUCCAUAACUCAGCCCUGCUUUUACCCUGUAGACAGCGUGUCGUUAAUUAAAAUAAUGGGUUUAUGUUCUUUGCUGAAGAUGAAAUAAAAGUAUUCUUAAGAAACAA